AACACGGUUCGGGGGAGGGUGCGCGCGCGUUCAGCGGCCUCUUUGUGUGGUGCCCAGAUAGGGGAGCGGAGGUGGCGGCGGGGCGUCGGCGAGCUCCGGCGGUGUGGCAGCGUCUUCCGCUCGUCCUCCCUCCGGCCGGCGCCUCUCCCCUUCUCCCCCUUCCCCUUCUUCCUUCCCUUUUCCCCCUUUCCCCCCUCCAUCCCCUCUGUCCCCGUCGCGACGGACGCCGAGACGGUUGGGGCCGACGGCUCUAGGCCCCGAGUGGACGGCGGGCAGGCCUCGAGCGACCGGGCCACGGCGGAGGCGGCGGCGGCCCGCGGCUCUCAGGGCGGGGGCGUGGGCCAGGCCCGAGCGGGCGACAUGGAGAAUUCGCAGCUGUGCAAGCUGUUCAUCGGCGGCCUCAACGUGCAGACGAGUGAGUCGGGCCUGCGCGGCCACUUCGAGGCCUUCGGGACGCUGACGGACUGCGUGGUGGUGGUGAACCCCCAGACGAAGCGCUCGCGCUGCUUCGGCUUCGUGACCUACUCGAACGUGGAGGAGGCGGACGCCGCCAUGGCCGCGUCGCCGCACGCGGUGGACGGCAACACGGUGGAGCUGAAGCGGGCGGUGUCGCGCGAGGAUUCGGCGCGGCCCGGCGCCCACGCCAAGGUGAAGAAGCUGUUCGUGGGCGGCCUGAAGGGCGACGUGGCGGAGGGCGACCUGAUCGAGCACUUCUCGCAGUUCGGCGCGGUGGAGAAGGCGGAGAUCAUCGCCGACAAGCAGUCGGGCAAGAAGCGCGGCUUCGGCUUCGUGUACUUCCAGAACCACGACGCGGCCGACAAGGCGGCCGUGGUCAAGUUCCACCCGAUCCAGGGUCACCGCGUGGAGGUGAAGAAGGCGGUCCCCAAGGAGGACAUCCACGCGGGCGGCGGCGGCGGCACGCGCGCCUCCCGGGGCGGCCGCGGGGGUCGGGGCCGCGGAGGAGGCGGCGGAGGUGGAGGGCGCGACCAGAACGGGCUGGCCAAGGGCGGCGGCGGCGGCGGCGGGUACAACAGCUACGGCGGUUACGGUGGCGGCGGUGGCGGCUACGGAGCCUACGGGGGCGGCGGCUCGGCGUACGGCGGCGGCAGCGACUACGGCAACGGCUUCGGCGGCUUCGGCAGCUACAGCCAGCACCCGUCGUCCUACGGGCCCAUGAAGAGCGGCGGGGGCGGCGGCGGCGGCGGAAGCUGGGGCGGCCGCAGCAACAGCGGACCUUACCGGGGCGGCUACGGCGGAGGCGGCGGGGGCUACGGGGGCAGCUCGUUCUGAAGGGCAGCACGGCACCGCACGGGACGGGACGGGUUGCGGGUGCCCAGCUCGGUCCUCCCUCCGGCCGCGGCCCCCUCGCCCCGCUCCCGGCGCCGGCUCGGAAGCUGGACUCGGUUCCUCCCCACCCCCCCCAACACACACACUUUUGUGUUACAGUCAUUGAUGGACUCUAUUUUUUUAUUAUUACUUGGACCUUGGUCGUUUUUAUACUAGCAAAGCGUCUUGUUUUGAUUUGUGGUUUUUUUUGGGGGGGUGGGCUGGGGAGGGGAGGGAGUAAACUUGCUGAUUCUGUAGCAAAACCUGGGGCGGGGGCCGGGGCGGGGCGGGCAGGGGUAGUUGACUUUGUUGUAAGGACUUGAUACCUGGCUACAGCGUUUUCUAUGAAACCUACUUGGAUCCCAUGCCUGAGAUUUGGAAGCAUAUGUACAAAAAUCAUUUUUAUGUUUUAUUUUUAAUAAAUCAUUGUGUUUGACCGUACAAGUCUAACAUUUUUUUUCCCCCUAGGAUCCAUUCCUUACCGUUUUAGAGGGUAUUUUUUUCUUUUAAUUUUUGAUGUGUACUUGGAGAAACUUAAAGAGGUCCUGUGGGUUUUGUUUGUUUCCUGUUGCCCUGCUAGUGAUGUGUUGAAUUUCCCCUUACAGGCAGAACUUUUGAAGUGGUGGAUGUGGCUGUUGAAAGUUUCUGUGCAUCCAUCUCUUUGUACUACGCGAUUUGCUUGUCAUCUUGACAUGGUUGGUCACUUCUCUGAGAAUUUACUUCCAAGUAUGUACUGUGUAGUUUUAAAAAAUAGUUUGUUAAGCAUGUGCUUUCAUUCAUAAGAACAAUUUUAAAAUUUUCAGAUGACCUGAUUUUCAUCCCUCUUACUGGUUUGUUUAUAAUGAAUGGUUACAAACAAGGGUUAUAUUUUACCCUUAACACUAAAUGCAUCUUUUUUGUUUGUUUUUGUAUUUUCAGAGCAGGCUUAAAACGUCCCCACCCCCCAACCAAUCUGAACUGUGUAGUCCCCUCAGAAAUCCUUUCCCCAACCUGUGUAGCACCAUCUACUGGCUGAAUGGCAGUAUAACUGCAAGACAGUUUGUUAAAAACUUGAUAAGGACAGACAGUUGCCUGAGAUUUGGCCAUCAAAAAUGGGUGCAAACUUGGAAGUUACACAUUGACUUGUAAACUGAGAUGGGCUCCAGAGGAAUGUAGUUAACAAUUUUUAUCAGUCACUUUCAACAUGAGAUUUGAAAAUGUAAACUGCUAUACAUAGCUUGGGCGAUAGCCCCAAAUUGCUAUGACAACUAUUGAACCAGCUAUGUGUACUGGUAUUUUAGGUGCAAGUUGUAAAGCAAAAUAUCUGUGUAUUCUGCUUGGUUAACAUGUAUAUUUGUAGCCCUUUCAUGCAAUAAAAUUCAAGUUGUUGUUUAUAAAAAAAAACUGAUUACUAGGAGAAAAUUUGCCUUCCUGGAUACAAAUAUAGACUAGUAACGUUUAUGGAUAUCACAAAUAAAGAAUUCAAUUCUUUA